AUGUGGCUCAGCCCUAAAAGCAAAGCAGCCCUGGAAAGCUCCAUAACAACAGUCUUCCUCCCCAUCGUCUACAUCAUCGUGUUUGCCAUUGGGUUGCCCACCAAUGCCCUGGCCUUAUGGGUCUUCCUCUUUAGGACCAAGAAAAGGCACCCGUCAUCCAUCUACAUGGCCAACCUGGCUCUUGCUGAUUUGAUGUUUGUCAUCUGGAUCCCCUUGAAAAUAGCGUACCAUUUUAAAGGUCGAGGUAUUGCUGGAAUUGUGUUAAAAGGUAGAGAUGAAGUGGGUGUUAAUGCUGUGGAAGCAGGUAUACUGAAGAGCGGCCUCACCACUGUGUUCUUCCCGAUCAUCUACACCAUUGUGUUUGUGGUCGGGCUAAUUGCCAACGGGAUGGCCCUAUGGGUGUUCCUCUUCAGGACCAAGAAGAAGUACCCUUCCUCCAUCUACAUGGCAAACCUUGCCUUGGCUGACCUGCUGUUUGUCGUUUGGAUCCCCCUGAAGAUCUCCUACCAUACACAACAAAACAACUGGUUGUACGGGGAGCCCUUGUGCAAAGUCCUUGUGAGCUUCUUCUAUGGGAACAUGUAUUGCUCGGUGCUCUUCAUCACGUGUCUCAGUGUGCAGAGGUACUGGGUGGUGGCACACCCGCUGUCCACACAAAAGAGGAACAAUAAAGUUGCUAUUGGUGUCUGUGUGGCCAUCUGGGUGUUCAUUUGGAUCAGCUCUAUUCCUCUGUACCUAUAUGACCAAACAGCUAAGAUCCAAGGCAUGAACAUAACAACCUGCCAUGAUGUUACAAUAGUACCGGUAAAUGAGUUUGAUCGAUAUUCUUCUUUGAAGCACCCAGUCUUCUACUUCAUGUUCAUGAGCACAGUGGCGUUCUUUGUCCCAUGCAUAGUGAUCGUUGUGGCGUACGCCCUGUUGCUCAAAACCCUGUCGACCAACGUGAUAGACAGCACAGGAUCAAAGACGCGCAAGAAAGCCAUUGUGUUGAUCGCAGUUGUCCUGGUGACCUUCCUCAUAUGCUUCGUCCCUAGCAACAUCAUGCUGGUGGUUCAUUACGCCCUGCUGAAAGCUGGAGAACCAAACACCCUCUAUGGCUUUUACAUCACAGCACUUUGUCUAUCCAGCCUCAACAGCUGCAUAGACCCUUUCAUCUACUACUUUGUGUCGGACGAGUUCAGGGAGCACGUGAAGAACACACUGCUGUGCCGGAGCAGCAGAAGUGUGGAACGGGAGAAGGCCACGUUCAGUUCCAUGAAGUACUCCAAGAAGAGCAAAUCAUUUGUGUCGGGGAGCACCAACACUGAGAGCAGCCAUUGUUAGAGACAGAAAACGGACAGAUCCGAUGCUGCACUGUGCCUCUCUUCUGCACUGGUGAUGUAGUCCACCGUCACUCGGCUCAGUACUCAACCAAAGAUGAACUCUGAACUUUAAGAGCACUGCAAUUUGAAAUGUGUUUGUUUUAUUAUGAGCCUCAGGUCAGUGUCAGAAUGUGAAUAAUAGUUUUUUUUUUUAUAUUUUCUGUAUAUAUAGAUGUUAAAGUGUGGAGAUUAACUUUUAAAGACUGACAUUUAUUGCAUGAGAUGCACUAUUCAGGCUUUUCCCAGCUGGUUUCUGAUGUUGACUGCAAUAUUUAAAGGAAAAACAAACUUCUAUUACUUGUAAAAAAAAGUUUUUCUAUUAAACUUGCAGCUCAUAACUCAACAAAAAUGUAAAAAA